ACCCAAGUAAAAAGGCACCGUCUUUGAAAAGUUUCUGGAAUGUCCUCAAAGCAUAAAAUUACAUAAAUUCACAAAUUGCAAGGGAAAAUUUUUGCGUCGCAUAUUUCACAGCACAAAAUCGACAAUGGGUUGGGUGUGGAAGAAUGACGACGAAUCUGACUCUAUUUCAUCAUCCGCUGGUGAUAGCGGCGAGUUUAACGGCUCAUUAAACCCUAGAGAUGACGGUAAUGGCGAUCGCUGCGCCACCCGAAGAAUUGUCUCGUCUCAGUGCCGGACUGAGGAAGUUGAGCCGGGGAAAUUCAUUCGUAAGUGCGAGAAAACCGAGAAGAUAUUCAAAGACUGCGUGGGAAGGCCUAGUGAGAUGGUACAGUCUAACAAAGAAUACACCGAGGAAGAUGUAACAGACCAUGUUGUUAAAGGGAUCCCAUUGGAAUCAUCCGAGCAGGGACCCUUUCACUUUCCUGGUUUACGUGGUGAUAUUGAAGCCAUUGAACGUAGUUUCUUUGGCGGUAUUAACCGUUUCUUUGAAGCAGCCGAAGAGAUGAAGAAUGAUUUUUUUAGUACAAUAGCGGUUCCUCGCAUAUUUGAUGAUGAGUCUUCAUCCUCUUGCAAUAAGCGUGGAAUUCCCGUUGAAGCUUACCCUCCGAAAGAGGUUCUUCCUGAGAAAAAUUCCAAUGGUGAUGUUGAUCUUUCUGGAUUGGCUAGAGAUGUUUGAGGCAAAGCUAUGAAUUUUUCGCACUGUACAUUUUGCUAAUAAACGUAGGACCUAGUUACCAUGUUACUUUCUAAUACAACUACUAGAACUAAAAUUUACCUUAUUUAAUAAUAAAGUUUUGGCCUGUAUAGGACGCGGAACGACUACCAGCUGAAAAAUUAUUGUCCGGCCGGUGCUUGCCGGCAAAUGGCAGCUGUCAAGGCCUAAUUUUAAGUACUUUAUUCC